CAGGGAGUUGUGCAUGUAAUUGAAGCAGGAACACAGGGACAGAACUUAUACAGAAGCAAAGGGCAAUAGGGGCUACUUCUACCGUAUGUACAUUAGAAUUUGCAGAGAGCUGUAGAGUUGUUUGAAGAGAUCAGAGUCACAAAAAAGUCGCUGAUCCAAUCUAGCCUACAUAUUUUACUAACUGUUUAUUUCUGUAGCUAAAUUGAAGGAAAUAAAAAUGGCGAAGAAGUGAUAAGAAUUAAAAAUUGGAAGCAAUGCAAUAAAAGUAUCUCUUUAAACUGUUGUCAUUCACAGCAGUGUGCACACGGGCAAAUUUCAGUUGCUCAACGGCCGUUGGCUCAAGAGCAGUUACUCUACUUAGAGCUGUCUUAGCUUGCAGUAGUGCUUUCGUAGCGUCUCCCUAGUGAGAAGCGAUUUUUAAAUAUUUUAAUAGAUUUUAGGGUGAAUCCACUAGUUAUGGAUAGAUCCCAAAAAAGUCCAGCAUCCCGUGGACCCACGCGGAAAAGAAUUAUCAAGGAGAAGAAAGAAUGGGCACCUAAAAAAAUCAGGCGAACAGAAGCCAACAUGGAGGAGAAAAGCUUGCACCAAGAAAAGCAAGAGGUGCAGAAGAGCAAGAGAAGACAGAGAGAACCAGCAGAAGGUAAUUAGGAUUUGAUUGAACAUAAAUUUGACUAUAAAAUUUAUUCUGUAACUCAUUCCCCCCAGGAUGGUUCCCUGCUCCCUGCUAGUUUGUCAGUUGACUUCAGCCUGGGGGUUAGUUGUGGGGGAGAUUUAUGAUGAUUGCCUUUUUAUACUCUCAUAAUUACUUGUGAAAGGUACUUUGAGGCUGGUUUACUAACAUAGGUGAUAAAAAAAUGACCUGUAAUAUUGUCAAUAGCAGCAAAUAGAUUUCAGCCCUUUCAUCCAGACCUCUACCCCACAAUUUGGGAGCCAAUGUAUAACACUUGAUUGACUGGCCUGUUACACUAAUAUUUUCAUAUAUCUGUAGCCCGUCAACAGAAAAGAAAGACUGAUGAUGACAGGGGACAGGUACCAAAAAGGAAGAGAAUGACCAUCAGGGAGGAGAAGAUGAAGACGGACAAGAAGAUAAACAGAGAGCCAGAAGAACCUGCAAAAGAAGGAAGAAGUGGAGUGAAGAUUCCUUGUAUUCCAGCUAAAAGGCCCAAUCCUAAAAAACUCAGAAACUAUCAGUUUCACAUGGAACUCGGAAAAGGAAACUUUGGCAAGGUUAUGCUGGCGACAUUGAAGAACCACAGAGAGCAAGUGGCAGUCAAAGUUAUUCAGAAGAAAGAAAAGGAAUCGCAUAUUAAGAAGAUCUUGGCAGAGGCACGGACCCUAAAGAUCGUGAAAGGUUGUCCCUUCCUCUGCCGCGGAUAUGCAGCAUUCCAAUCAAAGCUGCACGCUUUUCUUGUAAUGGAGUGGAUAAGAGGAGGAGACCUGCAACAGCUAAUGAAUGAGGAAGGUCAACUGAAGAUGGAUAGCGUAAGAUUUUACUCCGCAGAGAUGAUCGUCGGCAUCCAGUAUCUGCAUUCUUUGGGUAUUGUGCACCGAGACCUUAAACCAGCCAAUAUUUUGAUCAGCGCUGAAGGACACAUCAGGAUUGCAGAUUUUGGCUUGGUUGCAGAAGAGAUGUUUGGCGAUACCAAAAAAUAUAAUAUAGUUGGAACCUUGCCCUUCAUGGCUCCAGAGAUUCUCUCAUGGAGUGGAUAUGGCGCAGGGGUGGAUUGGUGGGCAUUUGCCAUUAUACUGUGCAAAAUGGCCACCAGAAGAAACCCAUUCAAUGAAGGGUUGGCUAUGAAUGACCUGGUGGAUGCACUGAUCAACAAGCAGUCUGAUUUCCCAGAGGACCUCAACCCAGACCUGAAAAAUCUUCUGCAGCAGCUCCUAGAGAAGAAUCCAGACAAGCGCCUGGGCACAACAGGAGAUAUAAGGCAGCACCAGUUCUAUAGAUCAAUUGACUGGAAUGCAUUGGAGCGCAGGAAGAUACCACCUCCUUUCCAGCCAAGAGCAAUACCAGCUGUGGAUUUCAGUGCAGUCUGUAAAGAGCCACCAUCAUUCUUAGAAGAGAUGGACUGCAUCAAUGCUUCAGGUGGCACAACAAUGAUUCAGGAUCUUACUUUCCUGAGUCCCAGUUGGGAAAUGUAACUGCUCUAGACAGAGGGAUCCAUACCAUCUGCCCUCAUCUCCUCAAGCCACUAACAUCGGCCCUCUCCUCCUCGAGCCCCUACCAUCGGCCCUCUCCUCUUUGAGCCCAUUCCAAUGGCCCUCUCCACCAUGGGCCCCUACCAUUGGUCCUCUCUUCCUCAGGCCACUAACAUCGGCCCUCUCCCCUUCAGGUCCCUAACAUCGGCCCUCUCUUCUUUUGGCCCCUAAAAUCGGCCCUCUCCUCUUUGGGCCCAUGCCAUUGGCCCUCUCAACCUCAGGCCCCUAACAUCUGCCCUUCCUCCUCAGGCCCCUAACAUCAGCCCUCACUUCUUUUGGCCCCUAACAUCGGCCCUCUCCUCUUUGGGUCCAUACCAUUGGCCCUCUCCACCUUGGGCCCCUACCAUCGCCCCCCCCCUCUCUUGGUCCCUAACAUCGGCCCUCUCCUUUUUGGGCCCAUACCAUUGGCCCUCUCAACCUCAGGCCCCUAACAUCGGUCCUUCCU